UCCUCUUGUACCCUCCCGCUAGUUCCUCCUUGUUCAUUCCCAGUGACUGACUCGGAGUCGACUGCCUCCCGCGCUCUCCUACCUGCUCCUCUUCUCUUCCUGAACAUCCUCUUGCAGAGCCAGCUUCGUCUGCGUCCGUUUCUUUGCCUGUCAGUCAGAAAAGCUCUUUGCGCUCCUCAACUUACAAAGCACGUCAACAAAUACCUCGGGACAAAACUGAGACCAUAAAAUGAAUCCAUCCAGAAACAUACUGUUCCUUGGAGUAGCAGUUACUUCCUUUGCAUCCCUUCUUGCUCCUUCUCACGCCUGGGUUCCCUCAACCACUUUGACUCCCUUCUUGAAUGUGCACAACCGCCUCUCGCUCAGAUCUACAGGGCGAGUGUACCCUCGCCCCACGGUUGCCUACAUGAAACAAGCUGGAUCGCACUUGGUCACUUACGGCGAUUUGUGGAGGGAUGCUGUUCCUGAAGAUGAUGUGCAAACAAACUUGCAAGCUGAGGUGACUGAGGCGUACGACGAGCAGGAGGCAGAGCUGUCCGUUGCUGAGACACUUGUGAAGCCCAUCAGGCAGGCGGCCACGGCUGUGUGGGAGAGACUCACGUACGAGCCAAGUGAAGAGGAGGUGAGAGCCAACCUGAAGGCUUUCGCCAAGGCUCAUGGUGGCGCGGUCAUGACCCCACUCUCUGAGGAGGAGCUAGAGAAAGAAGUGAAGUACUGCGGAAUGUUUCCUGAUCUUGUUGAUGCCCUGGUCGAGAACGAGGUGCAGAUGGAACUUGCUACCGAAGUGUCGAGCAAGGCUCAGGAGAUGGCAGCUAAGAAGUUGGCGAAGGAGCUUUCCAAGGAGCUGGGCCUUACCCCGCCUGUUGACUCUGAGAAGACCAAGCUGUGAGGGACAGAUGAAUACGGAUAUGAUACGAGGACGAAGCUCGUCGACUGUGAUUGUUUUUUGAGACGAGAAUACGAGGAGGAUAUUCAGAUAUAGAGUGAAUCGUGUAGAGUGUGUACCAUUAGCGACAAUGAAACUUGUACUUUG